AUGAGGGAGGCAGACACGACGGGAUCAGCAGCGCGACUGGAGAGGGCAUUCAAAGAGUUUGUGCAGAAAGGGUCACUGAUCUCGCAUAUGGAGGCAGCUCUGCGGAAGAUCCCCAGGGAUUCUCGGGCGUGGUAUACGAAGUUUGAGCAGCUCUUCGAGGGCCUCGACCUCGAAUACUUGGCGGAUGGGUUCAUCACUGAUAUGAAGAUGGCGCUGGAGGAAGCAGGGGACAGCAGCAGUUGGACGGCGGACACGGUGCGAGACCUCGAAAAGCAGAUAAAGAAGUCUUUCGAGAAGUACCGCAAGGAGGCGCAGACCCAGCUGGGGGAAGGCAACGCACGCCCCUUGGUGCUGCGGGGCGCAGGAAGCGGAGGCGGCAGCUUUGGGAGGAGCGGAUCCAAAGAUGGGCAGCAAGUAAAACGGAAAAGGCCAAAUGGCUAUUAA